GUAGAAAAGAACUCUAAAAGCCACACACACCAUUCUCUUUCUCGCUCCACUCUCGCCGAGUGAGGGAAGCAGGAGGGGGAGAGGGGAGGAAAGGGAAGGAGGAGGGAGAGCGGCGGGGACGGACAUGGCGGCGAAAGCGAGCAGCGCAGCCGCAGCCGCCUCCGGCGCGGCCUACGAGGAGCAGCGCAGGAAGAGGGUCCUCGAGAACCUCAAGCACCUGGAGGAUUUGGGUAUAAAGGAGAUGUCCAAGAGCCUGCUCCAGGCGGCGCGCCUGCAGAAACAGAACAAGGCCGGCGUGCGCGCGAGCCCCAAGGCGAGGAAGAAGUUCGACGCCACCGAGGUGCGGCGUUCUUCGAGGGCCAAGACCACGGUUUCCUACAAGGACGAUUUUGCUGAACUAGAUACUUUUCUGCGUGGCAUAAGGCGCGGUGGUGGUAGGAAUACAGAGCAUGGAAGAGAAUACACAGGAAGAAUUUCUUCUUAUCAACAGCAACAACGUGCUUUCAGAAAAGCUGAGAAACUUCAAGACAGUCUAGACCCUAAUAACCCAUCUUUUGUUAAGACCAUGGUUCGAUCACAUGUGUCCAGCUGCUUUUGGCUUGGUCUUCCUACAAGCUUCUGCAAAGAUAAUCUGCCUUCCAAAGAGUUUAGGAUGGUGUUGGAGGAUGAAGAGGGUGUUGAAUUUGAUGCUGUCUAUAUUGGAAACCGAACAGGUCUAAGUGGUGGAUGGAGGGGAUUUGCAAUGCACCACAACCUGGAGGAAGGGGAUUCAUUGGUCUUUGAAUUGGCUGAGCAUGACAGAUUUAAGAUUUAUAUAAUAAAAGCUAUUGAUGAUGAUGUGAAAGAGGCUGAGCCUGAUGACAAGAAUGCCAGUGGGGGUACCAAGGAAGAGCCUGACCAGGAAGAAUCACCUGUUGCUGAGCCUCCAAAAGGUGCCAAAAGGAGAAAACUCCGAGGACGCCGGUAGUUUUCCAAUUAGUUUACAUCAAACUUGCAAUAUUAGGCACUCUUUGGUAAGGGAAUGCUGCUUUUUGGUAAGCCCGCCAUGCUAGUGAUGCGCUCUCCUGUCAGGUCAUCCAUUUUGCUCCUUUUUGUUGACCUGUUCUUUCUGAAAUUAUGGGUGUCCAAUUACAACCGGCGAGAAGUACAUCGAUCAAUGUAGGUUGUCCUUGAUUCAUGUAAAUAAGUAGUUUGACAGUGGAGCACUUGCGCUCUCAGAACCCCAUGUGUCCUUUAGCAAAGAGACUAAUUGCAAUGACUUUCUGCGGCAAAA